GAUCUGCUGCUCUGGUCUGCAGUCAGUCAGUCUGCCUUGCAGGAGGAGGAGGGACAGGAAAAUGCCUUUCUCUGUGGGAGACAUUUAGCCCUGUGAUCUCAUGAAUAUAUUAAAGAGGGUCAUUGUGCAAUGAGGAAGGUAUCGCCGAGCUGCCAGGUUAUGUCCUGCCCCAAGCCAAGCACAGACCGCAACACGCUAUUUUCUUAUCAGUUACAGCUUAUGGGUGGAGUUUACAACACACAAGAGUAGCAUAAUUAUACUUAAAGGAUUAUUGAAUAGUUUACUCACUCCCCAACAGUCUGGGGUGUGACGAGUAAAAGAAGUCCUUAUCAAUACGCUCGACAACACGGUAAUCAAGCAGCCUUGUCUUGUUAGCCGUUGGACUGCGACACUAGCUGGCUAGCUAGCUAGCUAGCCGCUGAGCUAGCUCACCGUCUACAACCAAAGCGGCUCUUCAUCGUUCGUCUGGCAGCCGGAGCAGGCAAAAGGGCUGCAUCUUAAGUAAAGUGGGGGCUCUCUGAUGAUCCCCCCGUUCAUCCGAUGAACCACCUCAACUCCAUGAAACCUUCCCUGCCUCCCAAUCCACAAAGCAGCGACGGCCCCUUCCUGAAUGACCCAGUCUCCUGGCAACCAGGCACCAAUCAGCACCCAGGAUCUCUCUCUGUAGUAACCACAGUGUGGGGCGUGACCAAUCCCACACACAGUCAGGUGUUUGGGGCACCCAUGGGUCCGGGUGAGGGCUCUGGCGGUCACAUGAUGCCCGGCAGCAGCCCCGGUAUGGGUCCUGGCAUGGGCUCCCAGUAUAUGGGCCAGCAGUCGUACGGAGACGCCGUCUCUAAGGGCUACGGCCAGCCGGUCAUGUACGGACGUCCCAGUGGCGCUUACAACCAGUCCUCGGGCUACGGUGGAAGUUACUCUGGUAACAGUGGAGGUGCCGGCAUGGGCGUUCGUCCUCCCUCAGACUUCACUCAGGCUGCUGCCGCUGCCGUUGCCGCCGCCGCUGCCACAGCAACUGCCACUGCUACGGCAACUGUUGCGGCAAUACAGGAGAAGCAGAACCAGGAGAUGAACUAUGGCCAGAUGGGUGGAGCAUCCUCUUACAGCACCCAGUUCCUGUCUCAUGCGGGCCCCCGCGGCCCUCCAGGGAUGGUCUCUUCCAGGCCGGGACCUCCACCGCCCGGCGGAGGCCUGUAUCCUUCUCACCCUGCCCAGGCUCAGAAGAUGCCCCAGCACGGAGGUUAUCCUGGGCAACAGCAGGGGCUCAAACGGCCUUUCCAUUCAGAGGGUUUUCCAGUGCAGCAGUACGGCUCCGGUGGGAUGUCGGGGUACCCUACCCAGCCUCUGCAGUACCCCACUGGUCCACAGCAGCGGUGUCCCCCCUCACCCUCUUACCCCUCCAGUCGGAUGCCUCUCAUGGGGCAGUACACUUCUGGAUCACACAACCCGGCACAGUUCCCCCCUGGAGCCGGCCAGCCCAAUCCUCCACAGUAUUAUAAGUCGGAGCCGUUCAACGGUCAGGGCAGUCUGCCACCUGGAGGAGCCGGAGGAUACAACGCCUUCACGCAGGCUGCAGUCAACGGGCCAGGUCGGGGUGGAGUGAUGCCCGGGUAUCCCAGCUCCCCGAUGGGAGGGAAUCCCACGCCUCCGAUGACACCCGGGACGUCCAUACCUCCCUACCUGUCCCCGGGCCAGGACACGAAACCCCCGUACCUCCCACCGGACACCAAACCCAACAUCAACACCCAGCAGGUCUCUACAGGUAACCCGAGCGACGACCUGCGCCUGACGUUCCCGGUACGAGACGGCGUGGUGUUGGAGCCGUUCAGACUGGAGCACAACCUGGCCGUCAGUAACCACGCCUUCCAGCUGAGAGACUCGGUCUACAAAACGCUCAUGUUGAGACCGGAUCUGGAGUUGCAGUUCAAGUGUUACCACCACGAGGACAGACAAAUGAACACUAACUGGCCUGCCUCUGUUCAAGUGAGCGUCAAUGCAACUCCUCUGUGCAUUGAAAGAGGGGACAACAAGACCUCCCACAAGCCCCUGUACCUAAAGCCAGUGUGUCAACCGGGACGUAACACCGUACAGAUCACAGUGACCGCCUGCUGUUGUUCCCACCUGUUUGUGUUACAGUUGGUCCAUCGGCCGUCGGUCCGGUCCGUCCUGCAGGGUCUGAUGAAAAAGAGACUCCUGCCGGCCGAGCACUGCAUCACUAAGAUAAAGAGAAAUUUCAACAACGGCACCAUCCCCGGGACCCCUGGGCUGAACGGAGAGGACGGUGUAGAGCAGACGGCGAUCAAAGUUUCCCUUAAAUGCCCGAUCACGUUCAGACGAAUCCAGCUGCCAGCCAGAGGGCACGACUGCAGACACAUACAGUGUUUCGACCUGGAGUCCUAUUUGCAGCUGAACUGUGAAAGAGGGACCUGGAGAUGUCCUGUGUGCAAUAAAACUGCUUUGCUAGAAGGGCUGGAGGUGGACCAGUACAUGCUGGGGAUUCUCGUCUACAUCCACAAUUCUGACUAUGAGGAGAUCACCAUCGACCCGGUGUGCGGUUGGAGGCCGGUGCCAGUCAAACCCGACCUGCACAUAAAGGAGGAGCCGGACGGUCCGGUCCUGAAGCGCUGCCGAACGGUCAGCCCGAGUCACAUGGUCCUGCCUAAUGUGAUGGAGAUGAUCGCCGCUCUGGGCCCGGCGGCGUCCCCCUACCACAGUCUGACUGCAGGUGGCCGCAACACGCCCGACUACAACAGGCCAGGGAGCCAGGGAUUCUCCAGCCAGGCAGGAUUCACGGACUUCCCCAACACUCCUGGCACCCCGACACUCGGAGAGUACGCCUCCUCUGGACCUCCACUCCCCUAUCAGUCUGAGCAGACGUCUCAUUCUGGGCGGAUGGACCACGGCCACAACAUCCUCCAGCAGCACGGUUCAGCCGUUCACGGCAAUCAGAGUCUCGGCGACGCCGGCAGCCCGCUGCCACAGCGGAACAUCAAUUCCCAGAGUUCCCGGCUGCAGAGCGAAGGCUCCUUCGGUCUGGGAGGCCCCGGAGCACCCGGAGGAGAGGGGCCCGAUCACGCGCUAGAUAUGAGAAGAUCCAUACCACCCUCAUGUCCUUACGGGGAUUAUGAAGCUACAGCCAGCGGCGGGAUAGCUUAGCUUAGCAUAAAGACUGGAAACAGCUAGCCUGGCUCUCUCUAAAGGUAAAAAACCAAUCGACCUAACAGCACCUCCAAAGCUCACUCAUUAACACGUCAUACCCUGUUUGUUUGAAGGGUAACUUUGAUGGUUUUUUCCCCCCUGGAUC